UAGAUGGGCAUUGCACCGCCACACAGUGGAUUGCUGAUCUUCAUUGCAAUGUCACUUGCUCUUUGAGCCGUUGAGAAGGUCCCAAGAAAGCUUGCAGCCAAUGCCCUCGUGUUCCCUCCCGCGUGGCCCCUCGCUGAAGUCGGAAAGAGGUUGAGAAGUCAGUCGCGGCCGCGUCUGGCUAGACAAAAAGCUUUCGAUCCAUCGACGUCCACUACCACCAUCAAAGGCCAUCCAGCUCGUAGCAGGCUGGAUUGCGCAUAAGCUCACUCAUGGUAGUGGCAGGAGGGCUGCAAGCAGCGGCGCCGCCAACGUCCUCCUCCUCCUCAUCAUCAUCAUCAUCAGCAGCAGCAGCGACGACGUCUGCGUCAAAAGUGCCGCCUACAAGGGCAGCCGCGCAGCCUCCUCUCAUCCCCACGUCGGUAGUUGACGCACCGACGCAGAGACUGUGGGCAGCCAGCUUGACGGCUGCCAUCCAAGCGUACAAACUAUACAGCUUCUUCUCGCCUGACGCAUCGCUAUCGCAUGCGCUACUGGUUGACCUUGCCCUCGUCUUGGCCCUUUCAAGAUUACGCAUCCCGCGCCUCGACUUCAUCGAUGCCAAGUGGGCCAUCAUUGGCGCCCUCCUUGCUGCCUUCGACUGGCUCGCCCUCGGGGGAUGGCACACUUUGCUGUCCUUUGCAGGAUUGGGCGCAGUCACUAGCUGGAUUGCAGCCGUAUGGGAUGAUGCCUUCUCGAGGCCCAUGGGCCUCUCAGAACAUCGCGUGCGAAUCAGCGAUCUCAUCCGGCCCAGCUCACACAUCCUAGGAGAACACACCAUCCACAUUCUCCCUCAUAGCACAGCCAGCAUCUCAUCCAGGGCGCCUACAUGCCAUUGCAUUGGUGUCGGCAAGUCGCGAGUUGAGAUUCCCAUCUUCUUCAACAAUACGGACCCUACCUUCCUCCAGUAUAGCGUCACGCCUUUUGGCUCGGAGAACGCCUACCCGACCCUGUACAAUGUCACGAUCUCCAAGGGAAGUCUCACCACAGUGGAAAGCGCUAGAGACAUGCUCCAAGGUGGCGUUAAGCAGGCAAUUCAGGACGGACAUUGGGACGAGGUUGAGGCAGAGGUCAUGGGGUCAGGCUCCGUCGUGCAAAGGCAGGGCCAGCAUGUCCCAGCAAGAGCAGGGCAAAGGUCGAGGAAAGCCAAAGAUUCAAACAUGCAUCCGCGUCAAAGCAGUCAGCAGAAGUUCGACCUGUCCGUCAGCGCGAUUGGCCGUGUCCGGUUGGAAAGGGUGAUGGACAAGAGCCGCAUGGACGCUCGCAUUGCGCCGGGUGAGGUGAUCAUCGUGCAAUGCCCUACUACCAGUUUUGCACCAUCGCUUGAUGGGCAGGAGGCUGGAUCUUCGCCGCUCGCGCUCGUCAAGAACAACGCAGAAGAUGUCCUGUCCGCACUCCUCGGCCGUCGCCACGGCAGUACUCCUGGUGCUGGCUUCCGGAGCUUCGACUGGGCGCUUCCGCAGCACGAGAAGGUGCCCAUUUUUGCCCGCCUUGAUAGAACGGGCAGCUACUCGUGGGAGCUGGACCACGUAAGGGACGCCUGCGGCAAUGAAGUCAGCAUGAGCUCCAUCGGCAAAGCGCAAUUCUCGAAGGAGAUCCAGGUCCAUGAGCGAGCACACGCUACCAUCGUCGGGUGCUCGCGAGAACGCCCUCUCCAACUGCUUCGCAAUGGCACAGCAAAAGAGGUCCUCCUGCGUGCAGCCAAUGUCGAGACUGACGCCAAAUGGACGGCGUCAGUCCGCUUCGAGCCCGAGGAUGACAGCACCGAUGCCUGGACGAAGAACGUCACCAUCGGCAACGACGGUCUUGGCCGCAUCCAAGCCGCCAAGCCAGGCAACUACAUCCUGGAGCAAAUUGACGGUUCCUACUGCUCAGGCGAAGUCGGUUCACCUUGGUCGUGCCCCGUCAUCGAGGUACCUCCACCGACGGCCGACAUCAGCUUUUCGACCAUCGAAGACGUCUGCGCAGGCUCGGUCGGCGUAAAUGCCAUGGCGGUGCUAAGCGGCAGCCCACCUUUUCGCCUUCAGUACGAGAUCAAGCGAUCAGGGCAGCCCGCAUUCCGCCAGGAGCGUGUCAUUGAGAGAACGAGAGAGGAGUUUGAGUUCAGACCGUCGACAGAGGGAGCUGUUCAGUAUCGCUUCAUCGGACUUUCGGACGCCAAUUACAGAGGCUUGCCGCUGGAUGGACCUACAUUCGAGCAAGUUGUCCACCCGCUGGCCAGCGCCAGCUUCGUCAAGCCAACGAGCAGCAGUGCCUCUCGCCGCGAGGACUCUAAGAUCAUCAUGCGAAGCUGCGAGGGGAAUCGCGCCAAAGCAGAGGUUCAAUUGGAGGGCACAGGUCCAUUUGACCUCACCUACGCUCUGCGCACCGCAAACAGUGGUUCAUCUGUGGGCUCAAGCAGCUCACAUCAAGCCGCAGCGAUUCAGCACACGGUCAAGGGUAUCACACGGCAGCGCCACACCCUGGACAUCGAGCUUCCGCCUGCAAUCAAUGCGCAUGGAGGUUCCAUGACGAUUAGCCUGGUCAGCAUCCGCGACGGGAAGAACUGCGAGCGCUCCCUGACUACAUCGGAUGUCAACGUCGAAAUUCGUCGCGUCCACCCUACGGCGGCAUUUGUUGUGCCUGGAAGUAAGGCGGCUCAGCGUACAGCGGUGCUCCAGGGCGAGUCGUUGAUCCUCGAAGGUCAGGAGGCCAAGCUGCCCCUCCGUCUUGAGGGUGAGGGACCGUGGAAAGUUGAGUACCGAAGAGAGGGAGACGCAGUUCCUGUAACCACGACGCUGCAUAGCCCUGAGGCGGAAAUCGUCGUCGACCGACCGGGCGUAUUCCAGCUCGUGUCGGUGCACGAUGCUUAUUGCCAAGGGUCAGUCGUUCAGCAAUCAUCAAGAUGGAAUGUCGAGGUGCGACGCAGGCCUGUCGUGGCAUUCGACGCUGCAUCAGCCGCAAGCGUUGGCGGCCAAGGCCGGUCCAGCAAGCAGCAGCAGUUGAGCUCCCUCAUACGCCCACCCGUCUGCCGCGGAGUACCAGAUAGUGCCAACUUGCUCCUGCUGUCAGGGCAAGCGCCCGUGCAAGUCACGUACGAGCACGAAGCUCCCGCCGCCUCAUCGUCAUCUUCGCCCACUGGAAGGCGUAAACGCGAAACGUUUUCGACUGCACAGAACAUCACGUCACUACAUCUCUCCACCAGCGUGCCCGGUUGGCACAGGUAUCGCCUUGUGGAGGUAGGUGAUUCCAGCUACGCGCUAGGCGCAAUCUCACGAAGCGAUAGCGAUGACUUGGUCCUCGAACAGCUCGUCCACCCUCUCCCCUCAGCCCGCUUCAUCGAUCAGGACCAUCACAGCAGCGAGCAACAGCACAGACGAGGUGGCCGCUCGGGCCCGAACAAGCGCAAAUCCUUCUGCCUAGGUGACACGCUCAGCGGUCGAGAUAUGGCUCGUGCUGCUCCCAUAGUUCAGUUGAGCGGCUCACCUCCCUUCGAUUUGGAGUUCGAGCUGCGCGGCAUCCAAAUGCACAAUGUUGCCCUCGACUUGAACGAGGCGGAGAGUAUUGGCGAAGCAGGGGACAAGCCUUUCCGCCUGGACUCGACCGGCACAUGGGUGUAUCGCAUCGUCUCUCUGGUGGACGGGAAUGGAUGCAGUUCUACGCCUUCACCAGGCGAAGACUCCUCCUCCAGCGGCUCCUCUUCCGCAUCCUCACCACCCUCACUCUCUAUCAAUGUGGCGGAAACUGCCAACCUGGCCUCUGUGGGCGCACGGGACGACUACUGUGUCGGCGAGAGGAUCCAGUACGUCCUACAGGGAACUGCGCCGUGGACUGUCGUGUACUCCUUCGAGGGCAAGGUCAGCACCGCGACCAACUUGAAGACCUCGACUAGCUUCUCUCGCAUUGCCGAGAAACCUGGCGUACUGGAGAUCAAGAGCGUCGCGCAUGCUUCCGCUGAUGCUGACGCUGACUCUGUAGGUGGCGGCGGAGGUAGCUGUCGCAAGGAGAUCACCAACCCGGCCACCGAGUCCGGCAUGCGUAAAACGAUCCACGCGCUCCCUCGGGUGCGCAUCAUGGACGGCGGCCAUUCCUACCAGGAUGUCCGGCAAGGCACACUCGCCACAAUCCUCUUCUCCCUGUCGGGCGAGCCGCCCUUCGAUUUCACUUACCAGCACCUCGAGGCCACCGAUAGACACUCCGACCCUAAGGUGCUCGAGACACGUACCGUGGUUGGCGUAAAUGCGAGAGAGUACCGACUGCAGACGCGCGAGCAGGGCACGUGGAGGGUGACGUGGCUGAAGGAUCGAUGGUGUAGUGUCAGUAUUGAUGGAGAGACGGGGGAUGUGAAGCGAGGAAGCGGAAGGUCAGUCAAGGCCAAGAAGAUGGCUGUCAGGGGUGAUGUGAAAGGGACGAUAGGGAAGGGAGAGGGCGUAGAGGCUGGAGGGGCUUUUGAGAUUGAGAUGGAGUGAGGAAAGGGCAGCAUGACGAUUUGAUGGUAUUUGUCGCCCAGUCGAGAUACUGAAAUAGUGGAAAUGAUUUACAGCUCGCUCUCGUCUUCCUCGCUUCCACUCCACUCUCCCACAUCCCCCCCUUCCAUCAACAAUCGCUCCGUCUCUUCGUACAUCUUAUCCAGCCCCGUCAGCCUCUCGAGAUACCCCUCUGCCUCGGCC